CUUUUCAGAAACGUACAGGCUGCUAUGGCCGCCAUAUCGGACAGUUGACUUUACGGUUAUACGGAAGAAAAGGUGUUAAUGUGUUUAAAGUCCAAGUGACUGAUUUAAGUUACUAUUUAUGCGUAAAUACCCCGCGGACACAGUGGGCUGAGUGUUUUAAUUUGACUGAAGACCAAUGGAGGCGAGGUUCGGCAGCGAAGUGGCGUCUAUCGUGGAAGUCGCCAUCCAGGCGACCGUGUCUGUUUUCAGAGACUUCUGGGCGAAAGAGGCGCCAAACACCGAAUGGGAGGACGCGAAGGUCGGCGGCGAAAUCCAGGAGAUAGAGAAAUGUCUGGUGGUCCAGAUCCACAAAGUGUUCACGGAGUUCUCCUCCGAGCUGUUCGAGGAGAACGAGGCUCUGCGGGCCAAAGUGGAGCAGCUGGAGGACGUGCUGCAGAGGAAAGCCGGGCAGCUGGAGCAGGAGCUGGAGGCCAGAGUGGGUCAGCUGGGCAAAGAAAUGGAGCAGCUGGAGAAGGAGCUGAAGAGCAUCAGUGAAGGCACCAACAGGUCCCAGGGAGACUCGACACGUAUACUGAUGCAGGACGGCUCACUGAUAGGAGCACCAGUGUUGACGGCCUCCACCAGUCCUGCUGCAAAGAAGUCCACCUCGAACUCUCCUUCAGUUUCAUCAGAGAGCACUGACGCUGUUCUCAACUCCACAGCUGGAUCUGUGACUGUCCCAAAACCUGCAUUAGCUCCGAUGGUGUUUGUUGGCAGAGUCAGCUCCGCUCCCACAUUGCUGUUGCUGGGUGCCAGUCAAGUUGUCACCCAGCCCUCCACAUCAGUGACGGCCAUCUCUGAAACAAUGGAAGCAACACAGCUCGUCCUCAAAUCAGCAGCCUCGCCAGGGUCUAUGCCUCAAGACGCCCCAAGUCCAGACUCAAGCAUCGUCAGUGGUGUCGACUUGGUACAGGAAAAGAAAUCUGUUGACAAGGCACCUUCAGGGAGAAAGAGGAGGACCAGGAGAGCACCCUCCAAAACUGAAGAAGUUUCCACUGAUAACAGCGCAGUAGAGAAAAAAAUCACAUCAGCUGGAACACAGGCAAAAAGGCCUAAAAGAAAAGAGUCACAAACAGUGAAGAGGUUCUCCUGUGAGCAGUGUGACGUCAGUUUUCAUUGGAAGAGUGAACUGAAGAAACACACGAAGGUCCACAAGAAACCUUUUCCUUGUGAGCAGUGUGGCAGAAGUUUCCUGGAAAAGAAGUCUCUGGAAAAUCACCUCUUGCGUCACGAGGCAAGUAAAGCCCCCCUGCCCUUCCCGUGUCCUCUGUGUAAGAGAUCGUACAGAAGAGAGCAGUCGCUUCAGAAUCACAUCAAGCUUCACCAGCGGCUGAAACCACCAAAGCCGUUCACCUGCGAUCAGUGUGGGAGAACAUUCAGAAUCAAGCAGUCUCUGGAAAACCACCUCCUGCGCCACGAGAAAUGGAAGCAGAUGGUAAAGUGCCAGCUUUGUGACAAGACUUGCAAGACGUCUGUCCAGCUGAAAUGUCACAUGGCGGUACACUCAGAGGAGAGACCAUUCAGCUGUGCAACAUGUGGGAAGGAGUUCAAGAGUAAAGACACCCUUCGCUUCCAUCAGAUGGUUCACUCCAACGCCAAAAAAUACAAAUGCACAAUGUGCGACGAGACUUUCAAAUAUGCCCACUCCCUGACUGUGCAUAAGAGGAAACACACAGGCGUCACUCCGUUCAUAUGCACCGUGUGCAACAGGUCAUACAGGACUGGCACCGCUCUGAAAAGACACAGCAUAGUCCACACUGGGGAGAAACCGUUCACCUGUCACAUAUGUGGAGCAAGGUUCAGCCUGAACAACAACCUCAAGAGGCACCUUCGCAUUCACACAGGAGAGAAGCCAUUCACCUGCCAGGAGUGUGGCAAGAGCUUCUCAGACAACACCAAGUUGAAGUCCCACAUGCUCAUCCACGGUGCCAGAAAACCUUUCAUGUGUGAUCUGUGCGGGAAGACCUUCCUCUUCAACUGCAGGCUGCUGAUACAUCAGAAGUACGUGCAUGCAGACAGGAAUGAGGAAACGGACGGCACACAAAGACUUCUCCAGACUAGAAGGCGAAACAAGUCGUUGGUUAAACCAUUCAGUUGCAAAAUAUGUCUGAGAGGUUUCAGCGCCGCAUGUUCCCUCAAACUUCACGAAAAAGGCCACAGUGAGCCCAAGGAGUUCAACUGCAGCAUAUGUGGGAAGUCUUUCCACAACAAAUACUCGUUCAGCUAUCAUCAGAGGAGCCACUCGGGGGAGAAGCCCUUUGUGUGUGAUGUGUGCGGAAAGAGAUUUUUCCAUGCAGGUAGUCUGAAGCAGCACGAGCGGAUUCACACAGGUGAAAAACCAUACAAAUGCGACCAGUGCGACAAGGCCUUCAGAACAGACGGAAACUUUUACAGACACUUGCGGAUCCACUCGGGUGAGAAGCCAUUUGAGUGUAUGUUCUGUCUCAGGAAGUUCCACCAGUCAAACCAGCUCAAGUCCCACAUGCAGGUUCACACGGGGGAGAAGCUCUACUCGUGUCAGCAGUGUGGCCGGGGUUUCUCUGACUCAAGGCAGCUCAAGAAGCACAGCUGUGACGGGCCGUAGGUGAUGUGAUGCUGUGGUGUGUUGGACUUGGGUUAAUCUAAAAGUCAAUAAUGAAACAGCAGUUUGUUAUAUUAAGGGAAACAAAAUGACUUGUGUGUGGCCUUUGUGCUCAAAAUAUUGCUUUACAAAAAUAACUUAAUGGGUGUCAUGUUCAUAAUUUGUUAUGGGGGGCUGUUACAGUUCACUCAGUUAACAUACUAGCUUAUUGACUGAUUUGUAUGUUUAGAAAAAAUACACUUGUGAUAACAUCUCAGUGGCAGAUGAUUUUGUUUUUGCUUUUGGUCAGUUUAACUUUGGAGUUAUAACACUUGAGGGCUCUAUUAACUCACUUGUUAUCAUGCUUGAUAUGCUAGAGUAAAGGGAUUAAUCAAAAGUAAAUCAUACAGAAAUUUACAGUAAAAGUAGUUGCAGCUUCUCUUAAUUGGAGUAUUCACAGUAGAGGUAGGCAGCAUUGUUCGUGGCAUUUACACUUCUGUUUUUGUCCCUAACUAUUAAAAACAUUUAAAAAACAUUGAGGCCAUAUAAAAACCACAAAGUUAAAAAUGUGAACUUCCAAAUACACAUGUAGAGGUAAGAUAAUGUAAAUGUUUUGAAGGUGAUAAAUGCAGCAACGAUGCCAGUAUCAUGACUUCAAAAUAUGUUUUUGUAGUUAAACACAGCAGCUAAACCUUUUCCUCUUCUCCAGUUGAGCUGAUAAAAAUAAUUUUUGAAUGGCACUGUUUUUUUUGUAUUAAUUUAUGUUUAUUAAUUCGUAAUAAUCAACAAAAUGCCAUUAAGAUGUAAUUACUUUAAAAGAAAAAAAUGAAGCCGCAAAAUAGCUUUCUAGUGUACAGUUUGUUUAAUAUGGCAGAGUGCUGAUUUUUCUUUCUGUUAAUGUAAUUAAAGCUAA